CAGUUAAAAACUACACUUCCCACAACACUUCCCGUCGACAGUCAAUUUUUCCGUGUUAACGAAUAACUUGGGCUGCAACAACUCUUGAGCUCCAUGUAAACAGCUGCUGCGUCGUUGGGCACAAGAUACCGAUCCCUGGACCCUGUAUGUUGCUGACAACUGACAGAAAUGUCAGAGACAUCAAGUGAUGCAGAGUCGUCCUGUGGCUGGACCAUUAUCAGCAAUGAGGGUUCAGAUAUCGAGACGUUGGGAUCGGAGGCUGCAGUGGAAGCUGAGCUGUUAGAGCGCGCUCCAGGGAAGGAAGCAGAGCUGCAGCAUAAUGCUCAGCCGGUUGAAGAGCAUGUCGCCGAGUCACUGGACGAAACUCUGGAAGAACAAACCAUAGAUGAGACAUUGUGUUCUUCCGAGCAGGCCGGAGACGCCGCCAAAGGGACGCAGCUCGCGGCUCUGUUGUCCUCCAGCGAUCACUCCGACAUUGUGACUCUUGGAGACUUGAAGGAGGGCGAGCACGUGGAGGCGGCGGCCAAUAGAGAGUUUGACCUCGGCACGUCCUGCAGCAGCCUGUAUGCCUUCACUGCAACCGAGGCUGCAGGUUUGAUGUUGAGUCACUGGAAACUUCCACAGAGCCUCGUGAACUUAGGCUGCCGUCUGAGCAGUCGGCUCACUGGAGGCCGCUCGCUUCCAGUUUACCCAGUGCAGCAGCCUCCAGGGACAAACUCGAGCAGCAGUGAGGACGAGGCGGGACGAAGCACCGGCACUGUGGUCCGAAGACGGCGGCUGAGGAAGAAUAUCAUAACCAUCGUCACAGAGCCUGAGGAGGAGGCGCUGGAGUCUGGUCAGAGUGAGGAGGAGGAGGAGGAGGUUAAAGAACAGAAGUUUCAGCAGCAGGAGGAGGAGGAGGAGGUUAAAGAACAGAAGUUUCAGCAGGAGGAGGAGGAGGAGGUUAAAGAACAGAAGUUUCAGCAGGAGGAGGAGGAGGAGGUUAAAGAACAGAAGUUUCAGCAGCAGGAGGAGGAGGAGGAGGUUAAAGAACAGAAGUUUCAGCAGGAGGAGGAGGAGGAGGUUAAAGAACAGAAGUUUCAGCAGGAGGAGGAAGAGGAGGCAGAAGUUAAAUGUCUGGAUUCCCGACUGCGAGGCCAGGGCGGCAGCAUCCUCAACAGCUGUAUCCUGAUGGCCCUCGUCAUCGCCAUCAGUAUGGGUUUUGGCCACUUCCACGGUACAGUCCAGAUUCAAGAAAGACAGACGACUGGCAAUCAAAUCAGAGUAAAUGAAGUUGAUGCUGCGAGGGCUCUGAUUCAACAUGUUGGAGAACAAGCUCUUACAAAAGAGAGGGAUGAGUUUGGUUCGGAUGACCCGGAAGAGCAGAAAGGGAUUUCUCUGCUCACAGAAGUGAUUGAGAAGAUAAAGAAAGAGAACCAGGAGCUCAACAUCAAGCAGGAGCACAUUCAGGCCCAGAGAGAUGACCUGGAGCUGCUGCUGAAACAGAGGACCGAGGAGAGGACGAACAUUGUGUCUCAGCAGCAGGAGUUGACGGCUGAGAACCAGCUGCUGAAAACCUCCCGAGAACGUGAUGAAGAGUCCCUUUCCACCCUCCAGCUGGAGCUGAGAAACCUGCACUCAAAGAUGAGAGACUGGGAGGCGAUGGAAGCGGGUACCCACGCGCUGCUGUCCGAAAUACAGAGGCUGAAAGAGCAGCUGGAGGAGGAGAAACGGCUGAUCGAAAGCUUCCACAGCCAGAGGGCAGACACGGUGGCCGAAGCACAGACACUGAAUCAUCAACUUGACGAGGAGAGAACGAUCACAGGAGAGCUGAGGAGAGAGUUACAUGUGCUGAGAAAUGACAUCCCAACGGAAGCUGCUUCAGAGGCAGAAGAGCUUCAAUCCCGACUGGCGGAGCUGGAGAAGAGGCUGAGCUUCGAGCAGCAUCGCUCGGACCUGUGGAAGAAGCUGUACGUGGAAACCAAGGGAGACGGAGCGAGGGAAGACGCGGAGUCCAAAUCGAAGAGAACAAAUGAGAGCAUGGCCGGCAAAGUGAAGCAGACAUUUGACGCUGUGAAGAACUCCACGAAGGAGUUUGUCCAUCACCACCGAGAGCAGAUAAAGAAAGCGAAUGAAGCUGUGAAGGAGAAACUGAGGAAGUUUUCAGAUUCUGUCAAAUCAACUUUCCGACACUUCAAGGAUUCGGCUUCGACCUUCUUCAACAAAGCCAGAGGGGUUAACGAUAAGAGACGCGGUGGGAAGAACACGAAAGAGUCGCGGAGCCACAGAUUCCACAAACCUCCUCACAGAAACUAACGCAAAGCUGACGGGUCCUUCCAGAGCAAGCAGGCACACGGCUGACGCCCGACGCCAUUUGACCCCAAAUUCUAAAAACAUCUCAACUGGUUUGAUAUGUUUGCAAAUUCUCUUUUGGGUUGUUUAGAAGCAAAGUCUCAUGUUUUUUGUAAGUUUGCACAAUGUUAACUUUUUAAUGCUACUGAAUGUCCUUGAGCUGUUUUGUUUUUAGUGACGUAAUCGUUAUGUUUGAGUGAAAGAUGUGGCAUAUCUGAUUCACAAGUUUCAUAGAUAAAACUCUAAUACAACUGGAAAUUGGGGACCUGAUGAUUUAUUCGUUAAACUACUGCACGUGUGUUUAAAAAAUAUACGUGAAAUUCUUGAGCAGAGAAAUGUUUAUUGGGAUUUUUUUCUUUACAAUAAUUUAAAUUAUGCACAUGCCACAUUAUUGGAUGUUUUCUUCUAUAGCCAUGUAGUGAGUGUGUGAAGUGAUUUAAAUGUCAUCUCAGAGGUAAGAUGCAUUGUUCCCACAUUCCACCUCAUGCUUGUUUUAACUCACAGUUUUAUUUGUCUUUGUUUACAUGCGUUGGCAAAAAAGUACAAGCAAUAAUGUCACCAAAUGUAGUUGUGAAAAUAAAUACAGGUGGUGUUAUACUUUAGACAUAUCUGAUAAUUGGGAUUUAAAAAAAUAGUUAUUACAAUAUUUAAUACAGUAGAAAAUCAAUAUCAAGUCACAUUCUCAUUUAGGACAGAAACUUGCCGUUGUUCCAGUGUUUUCACUGUCUUUCAUAAAUAAAGAUGCUUCCUCCAACUCUU